CUCGUGCCUUUAGCCUACUCCAGGGAGCUACGAGGCAGUUGGGGCCGCUAUUAGGGCAUCAUCUCUCCACCAACCUACACGUCUCACACUGGAGCCCUACGAGAGAGGGGAUAAUCCAGCCGAUGCGGACCAAAUUGACGGGUUGAAAGGGAAGCCGACUCCAAAUUGCAGGUCGACCUUGCUGCGGCAUUAUGCGUUAACCAGGAAGUCCAACACCGCCACCGCCAAGCACGAAUUGAGAACCGGUGGACAGCGCAGGGCGUAUUCAAUGGCGCUCGUGGAUAAAUGCUCCUGCCACUUACAUCACCAACCUCAUGCACCACAAGAUGGAUGCGCAACUACUGCCCAAGCGAGCACUCAGCAGCAGGCAGAUGUCAAACCGGAGAAAGUCCACAAACCGAAUGUCAUCCUGAUCUCGUUGGGCGGACACGGCGAUCGACCGAAAUACAUUGGCAGGAAGGGGUCCGACGGGACCAUCAUAUCUCCGGCAGAUGAGAGAGGAGCGGCAAGCAACUCGGCUUCUUCGGCGCGUCACAGAUCUGUCACGGCUGGACCUUCCGGGUCUACGAGCGCUUUGGCACCCCCCUCGACAGGCCCAAGUCAUGAGUGUAUUGAUUGUAAGAACACAGUGUCGGCCAUAUGGUGGCAGAGGGCUGAAGUGCUGAAAGCUUUGGGGAUGGAGCCUGUCGAGAAGACACAUAAAGACGACGCCAAGCAACCGGCAGAUACACCAGCCGACGCGAUCGCUGCUGGGAACACAAACAACGAUAAGAAACGAAAGCUUCUCAGUGACGAUGGGCACGACUCUGACCCCGCCCAACCCUCGUCACUCGCCGCAGACGACGGCAAACCCCAAUCAGAACCCGAAGUUCUCGGCCGCGGUAUGCGCACGAAACGCCGUAAAUCCAAUCCGGGCUUUUGCGAAGAGGACUCAGGUUCCUCCAGCUCGCCGCCACCACCCGUCCUCGUGCCCUCGGAUGUCAACCGACCAUCUCACAAGCGAAAAUCGCGCGACGAUGACGCAGCCGAGCAGGGGGAUUAUGGCGAAUACCAAUCUCGCUCGGUGGGGAAACGCGGGCGCAAGAGCACUGUGUCGAUUGGGCCGGGUGAUGAUGGGCGGUUGGUUAUCAAGGUGCAGCCAUCGGUCGACAAGAGUCAGACCGGGAUGGUCGUCGAUGCUGUUUCAUCCAAAAUGGUUGCUGAGAAAGCGAAAGAAGACAUGAUCUGCCAUAACUGUUGGUGGAAGCUCAAGGACGCGGCGGCGACCCACGACCCCGAGGCAUAGGUGGUGACGGAAUAUCGUGAUUCUGCAAGGAUGGAGGGAAGGGCUUCUGGGAUAUCCAAGGCAACUUACUGAAGGUUGCGUGGGUGUGCCUCUUUUUUGGAUCUCUUGCUAUUUAAAA